UGCGCAGCAGAAAGAGGAGGCGAGGAGGAGGAAACCUGAUCUCACUCUCUCUAUCUCUCUGUGUGGAAUAAACGCUUAGCCCUCACCGUUAUUGGCCUUGCUGUUAGCUUGCAGCGUAGCCCGGCCCAGUUUGGACCCAGUGUGAUUGUGGUGGAGGUGGUGGGGAUGGAGCGGUUCCUGGCCCUGCUACGUCUGCUGAGCAGGAGGAGGCGAGGGAGGAGGUACCGGGCGGAUGAUGAUUACCAGGAAGGCUACGAAGACGUUUACUACUACACCAGCAAGUACAACACACACCUACUGAAUGAAGGGCCGUACACGAAACACUCCGCCGGGUCGCGACCUCCAGAUGGAGCGCUGGCCAUCAGGAGGCAGAGUAUACCAGAUGAGUUUCGGGGAUGCACGGUGGUGGAGUUGAUGAAGAAGGAGGGCACGACGCUCGGGCUGACAGUUUCAGGAGGAAUCGACAAAGAUGGGAAGCCUCGAGUUUCAAACCUGCGGCAGGGAGGCAUCGCGGCCCGGAGUGACCAGCUGAACGUGGGCGACUAUAUCAGGUCUGUCAACGGCAUCAACCUGGCCAAGUUCAGACACGAUGAGAUCAUCAGUCUGCUGAAGAACGUGGGUGAACGGGUCGUCUUGGAGGUCGAGUACGAGCUGCCGCCUGUCUCGGUGCAGGGGUCAGGGGUUAUGUUUAAGAACGUGGAAGUCACGCUUCACAAAGAAGGCAACAGCUUUGGUUUCGUCAUCAGAGGUGGAGCUCAUGAAGACAGGAACAAGUCCCGUCCCAUCGUCAUUACAACCAUCCGGCCAGGCGGCCCAGCAGACCGGGAAGGAACCAUCAAGCCAGGUGAUCGGUUGUUAAGCAUUGAUGGGAUUCGUCUCCAUGGCAGCACACUUUCAGAGGCCAUGAGCAUCCUGAAGCAGUGUGGACAGGAGGCCACGCUGCUGAUUGAGUAUGACGUCUCCGUGAUGGACUCUGUUGCCACGGCAUCAGGGCCGCUGCUGGUUGAAGUUGCCAAGGCGGCAGGGUCUAGCCUGGGUGUGGCCCUGUCCACCUCCAUGUUCUGCAACAAGCAGGUCAUCAUCAUCGACAAAGUCAAACCAGCCAGUAUAGCAGACAGGUGUGGUGCUCUUCAUGCAGGAGAUCAUAUCCUGUCCGUUGAUGGGAAGUCGAUGGAGUUUUGUUCCCUGGCUGAAGCCACUCAGCUGCUUUCUGCUUCCUGUCAGACCGUCCGCUUGGAGAUCCUGCCACAACACCAGACCCGACCAGCCCUGAACGCACCACAGCAUGUCAAGGUGCAGCGUAGUCCCCGCCCCCUCCCUUGGGAGACCGGAGGCUCUGCCCCUAUCCUCCCCCCCUACCACUACAACACGUACCACCCUGACCAAUCAGGCGCCAGAUCGCACAACCGCCAUACAAACAAUCCUCCGCUCAGCCACUCCUUCUCUCCAGGCUCCAUGUCGGCCUAUAGCCUCUCCUCCCUCAACAUGAGCACCCUGCCCAGGAACAUGUAUCCCACAAGUCCACGGGGCACACUGAUGAGGAGGAAGGGCAAGAAAAAGGACUUUAAGAGCUCCUUAUCCCUUGCGUCCAGCACUGUGGGUCUGGCCGGUCAGGUAGUCCACACAGAAACCACCGAGGUGACGCUGCUUGGCGACGGCAUCAUGGGGUUUGGCCUGCAACUGCAGGGAGGAGUGUUCGCCACGGAAACGCUGUCAUCCCCACCGCUCAUUGCCUACAUCGACCCCGACAGCCCCGCUGAGAGGUGUGGCAUCCUGCAGAUUGGUGACAGGAUCUUAUCCAUAAACGGCGUUCCAACCGAAGAUUCGACCCUUGAAGAAACCAAUCAGCUGCUCAGAGACUCGUCCAUCACUGCUCAGCUCACACUGGAAAUUGAGUUCGAUGUAGCUGAGUCAGUCAUCCCCAGUUCAGGGACGUUCCACGUAAAGCUCCCAAAGAAACCAGGAGUGGAACUGGGAAUCACCAUCAGCUCUCCGUCCAACAGGAAACCAGGUGAUCCUUUGAUCAUCUCGGACAUCAAAAAAGGCAGCGUCGCACACAGGACAGGGACAUUGGAGCUGGGAGACAAGCUGCUGGCCAUUGAUAACAUCCGUGUGGAGAACUGCUCCAUGGAGGAAGCUGUUCAGAUCCUCCAGCAGUGUGAGGAGCUCGUCAAACUGAAGAUCCGCAAAGAUGAAGACAACUCUGAUGAACAGGAGGUGUCUGGCAGCAUCAUUUACACAGUGGAGCUUCAACGCUAUGGUGGUCCGCUGGGAAUCACCAUCUCAGGCACCGAGGAGCCCUUCGACCCCAUCAUCAUCUCCUCUCUGAGCAAGGGGGGGCUGGCAGAGAGGACUGGUGCGAUCCAUGUAGGCGACCGUAUUCUUGCGAUCAACAGCAGCAGCCUGAAGGGGAAACCUCUGAGUGAAGCCAUCAGUCUGCUGCAGCAGGCGGGCGAGACGGUCACGUUGAAGAUCAAGAAGCAGGGAGAACUGUCAAGCCCAAAGUCUUGCGUGAUUGGUUCAGGUCUGGGGCCAGGAGUGGGGCCUAACCUGGAGAACCAGGAUGGGGAGGAGGAGCCGGUUGUCAUGGUUGCACCUCCUACAAGCCAGAGAGCGUUCAGCACACUUCCGUCCGUGGACAGCGCUGUGGAGUCCUGGGAUGGAUCCAACAUGGACAGCAGCUUCACCAUCCCAGCUCCUACUUUUCAGUCGUCACUGUACAGUUUCCACGAGUGGCGCAGCGCCAAGACAAGCAACAGCCAAUCAUCAUCUUCCACUCGCCAGAGAGCCAAUCCGCUGUCGGAUCUGGGUCUGAAUGACGAUGAUUGGGACCGCCCACCUCUCGGAGGAGGCUGUAAUCUGCCCAGCGGUCUAAUCUCUGACAGCAGGUUUAAUGUGGGACACGAUGGGACAGAACCAGACCAGGAGGAGAACUUCUGGUCUCAGGCUCUGGAGGACUUGGAGACCUGUGGACAGAGCGGCAUCCUCAGAGAGCUGGAGGAGUCUGGAAAGGAGACACACCUCCUCACUCUGGCUACCAUCAUGUCAGGCUCCACCCUCAGUCUAAACCAUGAUCCCACCCCUCUGCGGAGCACACUGGGACGCCAGGCGAGUUUCCAGGAGCGCAGCAACUCCAGACCACAAGUGACUCCUCGAUCCAACACCUUGCCCUCUGACCCUCAGCGCCGAGCCUUUGCCAUGAGGAAGAUGAGACAGGAAGUAAAUGACAUCCUAAACCAGAACCCUGUGGAACUUCACAAGCUCACUCUGGAGAAGGCGACAGACCUGGAGGAUUUUGGUUUCAGCGUUUCUGAUGGAUUGCUGGACCGCGGCGUCUAUGUUAAUAACAUCCGACCCGGAGGCCCAGCUGAACGGGGUGGUCUCAAAGCCUAUGACCGAAUACUACAGAUUAACCAUGUGCGGACCAGGGACUUUGACUGCUGCCUUGUAGUUCCCCUGAUUGCAGAGUCUCCAAACCGCUUGGAGCUUGUAAUCAGCCGAAACCCUUCAUCCUCUUCCUCCUCUACCCUGAUGGCCAAUCACACCGAUGGCACAACCAACAGCAGCCACCCCUCUCAGCCAGUUGGCAGUGACCUGGGACCCUCAGAGCUCUCUGUUGGCCAAGGAGAGGACAGUGGUCCAAUCAAGUGGAGCCAACCAGGAGAUGGCUUUGGGGCAGGGAUUGGGAUGGGGCAGGUUACAAACAAUUCCUUAUAGCAGACAAAAAUUAUGUCACACUACAUUCAACCACACCAGACUGGAGAGAUCGUGAGGAAAAAGGGGACAACAAAGUUGAAUCAAACUGAUUUAAAACUGGUUUAAACUGGCUCGGAGAAGACCGCCCAUGGUGCUACACACACCCUCUGGAUGACCUUUGACUAUUAUAGUUUGACCCUUGAACUGCUAAAGCAGCCUGAAAGCACAGUGAUGGACUGGAGCAACUCCACACCUUUUAACCUGAACCAGUUCUGUAUACUGGUAUUACUAGUGUCUGGAACCAGAAUCCUAUUAGAGCCACAACUGGGGCUACUGGCCUACCUGGUCUAAGAUUAAUAGUUAUUGGUCCUUCUAGCCCAGAGCCAGUGCUACUGGUUCUACUGAAGCCACAACUACAGCCAAUAGUCUUAACGGUCUACAAGCCGAGAAAUAUAUCCCUAUGAAGUCAGUGCCACAGCCAAUGGUCUUACUCUUUUAAGAUUGAUGGUUACUGGUUCUAGAAGCCUAGAAUUCUAGGUUGAAGACACAUGGGUUCUGUAAUUAUGGUUCCAGGUUCCACCAAAGUCCUACUAAACAAGUACCUGAGCCAAUAGUCUUAGCAUACCAAGACACACAGGUACUGGUCUUAGUGGGAUCAGGACAAUGGCUAUUGUUUCUAGUGAAACCAGAGGCAAAUCUAGUUGUCUUACUGGUCAAAGCAUGGUUCAUGUUUGUGGUCUCACUGGCCAAGGAACUAUGGAUACUGCGCCAUUGCCAUGGCCAGUGCUUGGUGAAGUCCAUCCUGGAUCCUGGGCCUACUAGAACCAGAUUUGUGGCAUUUGGCCGAGAUCCACAGCAGCACAAAGACUGAUGGGACACUAGUCCAGAUACCGAAACCUGCUGAUGGGCAUAACAGUUGCCAAGGAGACUAGGGAUGCUCUGAUCAGUGUCUACAUCUGAUGAUAUUACUGAACAUAUACUGAUUACUAAAUCCUUAUGCUUGUGUAUAAGAAAGCCUUAUGAAAGUCUUCUAUUUGAUAUUUAACCAGCUGGAAUAACUGGUCCUCAGUACACUAAAAAUUUGAUUGUUCAGAAUGCAGAAGACGGUAAGCCUGAAUUUACUGAAGGUGUAACUUUUCCAAGUAGUUAUGCUUGACAUUGGAAGGUUGAUGGAAAGGUAGUUUUAGACACUGCCCCACAUAGAAUAAAAGAAAGAAGAUUUCGAACAAGAAGGUACAGAUCCCACAAGAAACUGGUACCAGAAGGUUGUUUUAAGAGAUGAGAAUAAAAAUGGUUCUGGUUAACUGCAGGUUUUGAAGAAAGGGUAUAAGUGGAAAUGACGAUAGAGUUCGAGCUCAAAAAUGGUUGGGAUUAGGUGAGUUUUGGCAAGUAUACAAGGUUGGAUUCAUAAGGUUAUGAUGAGAUGUACCUCCUUAAAAUAAAUGCUCAACAUGACAUGGAAACCUGAAGAGAUAUCCAAAUUAAACAGUACAAAAGGAAAGACCCCCUUAGCUAGUUCGUCUGGCAACCCAGAGAUUUAUUCCUGUGGGCAUUACCAGGUGUAGUUUUUCAUGAUAACCAGAUAAAAUUCAGACACUAAGGCUCAGUAAUUUGGUUUAAAUAUUUGGCAGAGGUUGACAGACAGCUUUGAGGGGUUUUAAUAUUGUUGCAUUCUUAUUUAGCAUUCUAUUGGAAUAAUAAUAACUAGCACUUAGUCAAGUUCGAUUAUGCACUUUACUGAACUAAAACUGUACAAGGUUUGGCUUGUACUUUGGCUCCACUGUUGAACGGCUGCUAUAUUUUAUGUAACCUGCUCUCUUAUCACUUUAAUUUCCUGAAUUCUCCAUAAAUUACAACUGACAGUCCUAAUAUUUUAUGAUGCCAUUCACAAAAUUUACAUUAUUACUAACCAUUUCUGCUAUACAGAUGAAUAAUAUGAGAAAAGUUAGCAUUUGAGCAGAAAUGUUGGUCUCUGGAGGAACACUGUUUUAAAGUUUUAAACCAGAGCUGGACAUUGAAACAUGAUACUGGUUUUUACUGAGCAGGAAAACCUGCAGCUGCAUAUAUAUUUAUGAUGUUUGUUGCGCCUCAGCUUGAAGCUAGUGAAAAGACAAAGAUAAGGUGCUUUCGGACCAGAGAAAUUUUUAUUGGUCUUGUUAAACAAGCCUUUGUUAGUUUUUUAGAUACACAUCAUAUGCAUGAUUGGAGAAGCGGUAGCCAUCACUAAAGUUCUAAAAGAAAUUUGAGUAGGGUUAGAAAGGAAUACUAAAAAUUUGACAGCACACAACCCAAAACAUUUCAACACAUAAAUCACUGUGGUAAAGAGUUUAGGUUAAAAUUUGCAGAAGGUAAUUACAAAAAAGUACAUUUAAAAAGCCUGCAUAAAAAUGGGUGUAACAUCAGCUGAGUAUAUAAAACUCUUAGCGAUUAAAAAAUGGAGCAAAGCAAAGAGAAAUAAUUUUACCUUGGCUCUAUGUAAGGGCAAGGUAAUUAGAUUUUUCAUGUACACUUAAUGCUAUUCAGCUUUUACAUCAAUUCUGCAUAUCUAUGCUCCAGGAGGAGGCCAUGAGAAACUGGGACUGGUGUGGAGCUCUGCACCAAUGAGCUUAUAAAGAGAUAAAAAUAAUAUUGAGCAGAACUUAUUUCAGCUUAUUGGUGCAGCCCUCCAAAACAGUCCCAGUUUAGCAUGUGUCCCCUUGGGAAAAUAAAUUGUCCAUCUUUGGUAUGUAGGCAGUGUGAAUAGAAAAGAAUCUGCAAACCAUGUUUAGCUUAGUAUAUCUGGAAAGUGUAUUUUGGAAAGCUUUCGGACCAAAAAGCAUCAAAGAUGUAUAUCUUUGAUGCUUUUUGGUCCGAAAGUGCCUAUAGUCCAUAUCUUCUUAGGAAUUUUGGAAUGCAUUGCCUCCCAUUAAAAGUAACAGUUUGAAAUAUUUUGUGCAAAACCAUCUAUUAAUUGCUACUUCCUAUAAACGUGUUUCUUAAUAUUGUAGUUUCUAAUUUAAAUUUUUGGCAAGCUAAGUUAAAACAAAAAACACAAAAAAGGAACCUCUGCAACAUUGAGCACACUCCAUCUGCUAAGGGAGGACAUGUGGUAGGAUCCAAAGCUCCAGAACAGCUACUUUAUAUGCUUUAAUAUGUCAACUAGAGAAAUGUGUUUAUAUAUGAUAUAAAGGACAUUUUCUUUAUGUUUUUUUAAAAUAAUUAUUUGUGAAUUUUACCUUUAGAAAAAAAAUCUGUGCAUUUUCACUAAUGAUCAGCUGAUACUGAUCGGAGCAUCCUUGAAACGAAGGGUUUACUGUUAAAAUUUUAGUUCUGUGCCAUGGACGAGCUACAGGCUGGAAGAGUUAUGAUAACAACGCUGUCAAUAAUAAUAA